UCAUUCUUGUGCUUUCGUGUUCGCCGGGUCGAAACGAAAAAGUCCUCUGACUCUUUUUCAACGCGCAAUUCAACCUGUUCCUGUUGGCGUCUGCAAAGGUGCUAAACUUCCGGAAAUGGACGCCCAAAAUCUGCCGUUCGUGUCCGAGUACGCCAAGAGUGGCCGCGCGUCCUGCAAGCUCUGCAAAGACAAGAUCGACAAAGACGAGCUGCGGCUCGGCGCGAUGGUCCAGUCGGCUUUCCACGACGGCAAACAGGCCCAAUGGUACCACGAGCGGUGCUUCUUCGGGAAGCAGCGGCCAACGACGGAAGGGGAUGUGGCCGGGUUCGAGAGUUUGCGCUUCGAGGACCAGAAGCGGAUCCGGGAGAAGAUUGCUUCCCUCGGGGGUGGGGUCGUCGAGGCGGCGCCGGCCGGCAAGGGAAAGGGGAAAGGUAAGAAGCGUAGCGCCGAGCAAUCGAACGCGCUGAAGGACUUUGGCGUGGAGUACGCCGCUUCGGGGCGGGCCGUUUGCCGCGGGUGCGAGAUCAAGAUCCUGAAGGAUGAGGUGCGGAUCAAGAAGGUGGACUACACGACCGAGGUCGGCAUGAAGUACGGCGGGCAGGCGCUGUGGCACCACGCCGAAUGCUUUGCCAAGCUGCGAUCGGAGCUGGGUUACUUCGAGAAGGGCGAAGCACUGCCCGGGUAUCGCAACCUGAAGAAGGAGGACAUGGAGACGGUCAAGCGGUUGCUGCCGGCGAUCAAAGCGGAGGAAGUUCCGGCCAAGAAGCUCAAGGGCGAGCCAAAGGACGAAGAGGAGACGAAACAAGAGGCGAUCGAUGAAGCGUUGUACGCUCAGCAACAGAAGGCGCUCUUCAAGAUCCGGGACAAGCUAAAGGACGCUGACAUUAAGAAGCCGGAGAUCCACGCGAUUCUGCGCGCCAACAAUCAAGCCAUUGCGGAGGGCGUGGACGCGUGUUUGAUGCGCGUGAGCGAUAUUCUGACCUUCGGAGCGCUGAAGCCCUGCACCAAGUGCGGUGGCCAGUUCGUGCUGCAAAAGUCGGCCUACAUUUGCGAGGGCAACCUCACCGAGUGGGUCAAGUGCCUGACGGCGGAGGCCAAACCGGCGCGCGUUCCGGCCAUUAUUCCGGACGAGAUCAAGCAACAGUUUCGGUUUUUGGCCAAGUACAAAUCGGUGGUGAGCGAUCGGGUCAUCAAGUACGUCCCGCCGAGUCUGAGCACCACGAUGAAGAAGGUCAAGAAGGAGGAAGAGCUGACAGAGCCGAAGAUCAAGCGCGAGAAGCCCCCACUCUACAACCUGGAGUUUGUCAUCCUCGGCAAGACGGAAACGCCCAAAGACCAGCUCAAGGACAAGAUCGUCAAGCUGGGCGGCAAAGUGACCACCAAAAUCACCAACACGGUCGCGGCCAUCAUCUCGACCCCGGCAGAGGUCGAACGGAUGGGCAGUCGCAUGCAGGAGGCCAAAGAUAUGCAGAUCCAGGUCGUGCCGGAAGAUUACAUCGAGGACGCCAAGGCCGGCGGCGCGAUUUCGUACAUCACGAGCAAGUCUAUCUGCGACUGGGGCUCGGAUCCGCACAGCCGAAUCCCGCAGGACGAGGAAAAGUCCAAAUCGAAGAAGAGCAUCUACACCAAGUCCGUCCCGUCCAAGGUGACGCUGAAGCUGAAGGGCGGUCUCGCGGUCGAUCCCGACUCCGGCCUGGGCGAAGUCGCGCACGUCUACAAGCGGGACAAGUUGAUCUUCAACUGCGUGCUCAACAAAGUCGACAUUCAAACCGACAAAAAUUCCUACUUCAAGAUGCAAGUGCUGGAGGCGGACAAGGGCAACAAGUACUGGGUGUUCCGCGCUUGGGGCCGCAUCGGAACCACCAUCGGGGGCAACAAGCUGGACAAAUGUGGCACGGUCGUCGAAGCUACGAACCUAUUCUACUUCCACUUCGAAGACAAAACCGGCAACUCUUUCGAUGCCCAUCUCAACGGAAGCUUCGCCAAGCGACCGGGCCUCUACUACCCGGUUGACAUCGACUACGGCGACGAAAAGACCAAGAAACUGUCCGAGAACAACAACAUCAAAUCGAAGCUGGAACCGGCGGUGCAGGACCUGGUCCGCAUGCUCUUCGACGUCGACACCAUGAAGAAGGUGAUGCUCGAGUUCGAACUCGACAUGGAAAAGAUGCCGCUCGGAAAACUCUCCCAAACGCAGCUGCAAGGCGCGAUGAAGGUCCUCUCGGAGAUUUCCAACCUGAUCGCCAACGGUGGAUCCAACCCGCAGUUCAUCGACGCCUCCAACCGCUUCUACACGUUCAUUCCACACAACUUUGGCGUCCAAACACCAACCGUCCUCGACACCGUCGAGCAGAUCAAGGAAAAGCAAACCAUGCUCGAAAGCCUCAUGGAGAUCGAGAUCGCGUACAGUCUGCUGAACGCCGACACGGACGAAACCAAGAACCCGCUCGACGGCCACUACGACCAGCUCAAGACGGAGAUGCAAACGCUGGACCAAAAGUCCGACGAGUUCAAGCGCCUCGCCCAGUACGUCAAGAACACGCACGCCGCCACCCACAACCAGUUCGACCUGGAAGUCUCGGAAAUCUUCAAAAUCCGCCGCAAGGGCGAAGAGCGUCGCUACAAACCGUUCCGCAAGCUGCACAACCGCAAACUCCUCUGGCACGGAUCGCGUCUUACCAACUUUGUCGGUAUUCUCACGCACGGUCUCAAGAUCGCCCCGCCGGAAGCCCCCGUCACCGGGUACAUGUUCGGCAAGGGUAUCUACUUCGCCGACAUGGUGUCCAAAUCCGCCAACUACUGCGCAACCUCGCCCGCAAACUCGACCGGUCUGAUGCUGCUGUGCGAGGUGGCCCUCGGUAACAUGAUGGAGCUGAACCAGGCCCGGUACGUGCAGAAACUCCCCGACAACAUGCACAGCUGCAAGGGUGUCGGCAAAACGCAACCCAAUCCGGCCGGCGCCUACGUCGGACCGGACGGCGUCGAGAUCCCGAUGGGACCGGGCGUGACCGAUUCCAAGCUGCAGUCGGCACUGCUAUACAACGAGUAUAUCGUGUACGAUGUGGCCCAGGUCAACUGCCAGUAUCUGUUCAAGAUGAACUUCAAGUACAAGUACUAGGAGGUAGGUGAGCGGCUCUCUCUGAACAAAUUCGGUUGAUAUUUACGCCCCGCAGUACAAGUAACCACCCACAAAUAAUAUUCACCAAAAUAACCCCUUCAGUAUACGUUCCACGUUGAAUUCGUUUGUUUUCAGGUUUCUUUUUUUUGUUAUUUAAAAUGUUUUAUCGAUCAACUUGAAGUUGUUCCACAGUGUCCGAUGCGUUACCCCUCUCUUGAAUGACAUUCAUUAAAGCUAGUUUGAUAGGUUUAA